UCCUGCCUGGGGUUCAGAAGCCUGCCUCCCCUCCCAGCUUUGGGUGCCUGCUUCGGAAAAUAAAGUUUAACAAACCUACUCACCUCCGCCAUCUUAGGUAAAGUAAGUGUCCAGCAAGGGAAGGAUGCCGCCGGGUGUUCUCUGGGUAUAUCUGGGACUGUGCCUCUUAUCAGGUGGUUCUUGGGAGCAGCCGGACAAUGAAGAAAAGGAUGACGCUCCAAGGAAGAGUUAUAAAGUCUCCAUAUCUGGAACCAAGGUAGUGCUGACAUGCCCCGAGGAAAGCGAUUCACCAGUUUGGAAGCAUAAUGAUAAAGACGUAGGCGAACCUGCAAACCUGUUAGUACUGGAUGAUUUUUCAGAAGUGGAGAACAGUGGUUAUUAUGACUGCUCUAACGGGAACGGAAACAAGGGCCUCCGUCUCUACCUGAAAGCGAGAGUGUGUGAGAGCUGCAUGGAGGUGAAUCUGCUGGCAGUGGUCGCAAUCGUCAUAGGUGAUAUCUGCAUCACUCUGGGCUUGCUGCUGGUGGUUUAUUACUGGAGCAAGAACAGAAAGGCCAAGGCCAAGCCUGUGAAGCGAGGAACGGGUGCCGGCGGCAGGCCCAGGGGUAAGAACUCAGAGCUAGGUCUGAGAAGAUUCCCACCAAGGGGGAGUCCAACCUGGGCCAGAUGGGCUUCCAUAGAACAUGCUUGUGAGGCCAAGAUCUCAGCAGACGGUAGUGUCUCAGGUCACUCCUCUUCUUCCCAACCUAGAAAAGGGUCAAAGAAGUCUAUUAACAUAUAGCUUCCUCAAGAAGUCUAUUAGCAUAUGUUAUUGUUGUUAGGUGCCCUAAGUACAACAUAACAACCUUAUGUACGACAGAAGGAGACAUUUCUCGGUCCUGCAUCAUCCUCACAAUCGUUGCUCUGUUUGAGCCCAUUGUUGCAGCCACUGUGUCAAUCAGUCUCCUUGAGGAUCUUCUUCUUUUUUACUGACCCUCUACUUUACCAAGUAUAAUGACCUUCUCCAGGGACUGGUCUCUAUAUUAACAUAUAGCUUCCUCAAAUGCUGGUCAGUGUUCUGGAGUAAUCAGAUUCCAUCCCCAAGCUAUGUGAAGAGAAACCUUAGGGCAUAAGUUACUGCCUUUUCCUUUCCCCUCCCCAGUGAAAAAAAACAAUGGGAGGCUCUUGAACCGAAAUCGCAAAAGGAUGAGAGAAGAGUGUGGGGUGUUUAGAAACGGGAUGAAAGAAAGAAAAGAGAAAGGGGAGCUGAGAUGGGAAAAGGGAGAAGUAAAGGAGAGAAUGAAGGGGUUUGCCAUCCUUGAGCAAUCCAUGG